GCCACGUUGAAGCACAACAGCCGCCAAGUGGAACACGGACACUCCAUCUCGUCAGCCAUGACCAACGUCGCUAUCAUCUACUACUCCAUGUACGGCCACGUCGCCAAGUUGGCGUCGUCCAUCAAGGCCGGCGUGACGUCUGUUCCUGGCGUGAAGGCCAGCGUCUACCAGAUCCAGGAGACGCUAAACGACGACCUACUCAAGAAGCUACACGCCCCGCCUAAGCCUGAUCUGCCUGUUGCCACCCCCGACGUGUUAAAGAACGCCGACGGCAUUCUACUGGGCUUCCCCACGCGAUUCGGUAUGCUGCCGACGCAAGUCAAAGGUCUGUUCGACGCUUGUGGUGGCCUGUGGGUCAACGGUGGUCUGAUUGGCAAGCCGUGCGGUAUCUUCUUCAGUUCUGCGUCACUCGGCGGCGGCCAGGAGACCACGGCAAUGAGCAUGACCCCGUUCAUCGCCCACCAAGGCAUGACAUUCGUACCGCUGGGAUACCGGUCCCCGCUCGUUGGUACCAACGAGGAGAUCCACGGUGGCAGCCCCUGGGGAGCUGGAACCCUCGCCAAUUCGGACGGAUCACGUCAGCCGACGGACCUUGAACUUGAAAUUGCGAAGAUUCAGGGCCAGAGCUUCGCGGAGAUCACCAAAAAGCUGUCGGCGUAAGAGAUGUAGGCAACAGUGGUGAUAAAAAGAUCGUUUAAGUUCGAUGUCCAGGUAAGAAACGAACGUGGAUAAGCAUACCCAAACACGAUUAUUUUUCACCACGGAGUGAUAAUGCUACCACGUUUCAAGAUUUAGUAAAAAAAAAAAAAAAAAAA